AGCAAAAAGAAGAAGGCCUCGUGAAUGGAAAACAAGAAAAUAUACCGUGUAGACUCUCUGAACUUGGAAGCUGGAAAAGUUUCUUUCACUCCAGCUGGACAUUCCUCUAAGGCUGAUUGGAAGACAAUACUGAGUUUAGCAUUUCAGUCAGUAGGAGUUAUCUACGGAGACAUAGGAACUUCCCCUCUCUACGUUUAUGCAAGUACUUUUACUGAUAAAAUUGGACACAAGGAUGACAUUCUCGGGGUGUUGUCCCUCAUCAUAUAUUCCAUAAUCCUCGUACCUAUGGCUAAGUAUGUCUUCAUUGUCUUAUGGGCCAACGACAAUGGCGAUGGGGGAGCAUUUGCCUUGUAUUCUUUAAUAUGUCGAUAUGCAAAAGUGAGUCUCAUCCCAAAUCAAGAACCAGAGGACAGAGAGCUUUCACACUAUAAGUUAGAGAUACCAUCCAAUAAAUUUAGACGAGCUCAAAAGAUCAGACAUAAUUUGGAGAAGAGUAAAUUUGCAAAAAUAUUUCUUGUCUUCGUCGCCAUCCUUGGAACUUCUAUGGUCAUUGGUGAUGGAGUUCUUACUCCUUGCAUCUCAGUUCUCUCUGCCGUAAGUGGAAUAAAGCCUCUAGGCCAAGAGGCUGUUGUGGGUGUUUCCAUUGCAACACUGGUAGCCCUUUUCUGUGUUCAAAGUUUUGGUACAGACAAAGUGGGAUAUACAUUUGCUCCAGCCAUUUGCAUUUGGUUUUUGUUUAUAAGUGGCAUUGGUCUCUACAACUUGUUCAAGUAUGAUGUGAGCGUCUUACGUGCCUUUAAUCCCAAAUACAUUAUUGAUUACUUCAAAAGAAACGGUACAAAAGGAUGGCUUUCCCUUGGCGGAGUUUUCCUCUGCAUUACAUUUUAUGAAACAAUUACAGGAUCCGAAGCUAUGUUUGCUGAUUUGGGUCACUUCAGUGUGCGGUCUGUUCAAAUAAGCUUCAGUUGUGUCGUAUUUCCAGCAUUGCUCUCAGCUUACAGUGGUCAAGCUGCUUAUCUCUCAAAAUUCCCCGAACAUGUUGAGAAUACUUUCUAUGAAUCAGUUCCAGGUCCACUUUACUGGCCAACAUUUGUAGUGGCGGUUGCUGCAGCCAUUAUUGCAAGUCAAGCAAUGAUAUCUGGAGCUUUUUCUAUUGUGGCUCAGGCCCAAAGUCUAGAUUGUUUCCCAAGGGUGAAAGUAAUUCACACAUCUGCGAAGCACGAGGGUCAAGUUUACAUCCCUGAACUCAAUUAUUUCCUCAUGGUUGCUUGCGUUCUAGUUACUUUCUGCUUCAAAACCACAGAAAAAUUGGGGCAUGCUUAUGGUAUCGCUGUGGUUACUGCUGAGAUUAUAACCACAAAUAUGGUCACAUUAAUAAUGCUUCUUAUAUGGAAAAUCAGCAUAUGGUGGAUUAUCCUAUUCUACGUGGUGUACGUUACCAUAGAAUCUACAUAUCUCUUCGCUCAGCUGACAAAAUUCGCGCAAGGUGGUUUUCUACCUGUGUCUUUUUCAUUUGUGCUUGUGAUCAUUAUGGGAAUUUGGCACUAUGUUCAAAAACGUAGGUACGAAUUCGAGCUCAAUAACAAGGUUUCGAGUGACUACAUUAGGGACUUAGCCAAGAAUCCAGACAUCAAAAGAGUACCUGGAAUAGGACUACUCUACUCUGAAUUAGUACAGGGGAUUCCACCUAUAUUUCCUCACUUUGUCUCAAACAUUCCGUGCAUCCAUUCUAUCGUAGUUCUGGUGUCAAUUGAAUCCAUUCCUAUAAGUAAAGUAGCGCUAGAGGAACGUUUCUUGUUCCGACAUGUUGAGCCAAGAGAAUACAAGGUGUUAAGAUGUGUAGUUAGGUUAGGGUACAAUGAUCAACUUGGGAAGCCAGAGGAAUUUGAAAACCAAUUAGUGGAACAUUUGAAAGAAUUCAUUCGACACGAACAUUAUAUUCUUGCAGCACAUGAUCAUCAAGUUGAAGACAGAGAAAUUAGUGAACCAGUAUCAACUGGUUCAAUUAUGUCAUUAGUCAAUAGUUCAGUAGCUCAGUCAACUCAUUCUUUAUCAAGUACUAGAACACAAAUGGUCAUGUCCCCUAGACUUGAGGAAGAAGAAGAGAUUCAAUUUGUGGAAAAAGCAAAGGAACAAGGAGUGUUCUAUCUCUUGGGAGAAGCACAAGUGGUGGCUAAACAAGAUGCUUCAUUCUUGAAGAAAUUUGUUGUCAACUAUGCAUAUCAUUUCUUGCGCAAGAACUUCAGGCAAGGGGAGAAAGUUAUGGCUAUUCCUCAGACUAGGCUGCUAAGGGUCGGCAUGACUUAUGAAUUAUAAUUGUGUGUUGUGUUUACGCAGCUAAAAUGUACUACCAAAUACUCGCAUAAAAUUGGGGAGGGUUAUUUGUUUUUUAGAUUGCCACAUAUCCUUCGGUCUAAAUUACAGGCAAAUGUAAUAGUAUAACGGUAGGGACCAGAUACUCAAAUAGUACAAGGGUAUUGCUGCA